AUGCGCCAGAAAUUACGGCCGAAACACCAGGUCCUCAUCCUGAAAUGUUAUCCACGAUACCAGAAGAAUACGACGGAGGUUAAGCCAAAUUCCAGUGAGCUGAGCUACUUGCUAUAUUAUGCGAGUACGCGUCGGAGCAAACUCCAGAAAGUCGGCAGCUAUCUAGAGAGAAAGAACCUAAGCGAUGUCCGGAAUAAUCGCAUUGGAAAUGUCCAGGUUACGCUCGCCAUCUUGAAAUCCCUUAUCGAAAAAUGCCCCCGCGAUUUGUCCCUAUACGGUGGCGCCGUCCUAAGAAUUCUAAACACCGUCCUCCGAUCUCAUGAUAUUACAAUGGUGGAAGCGUCUGUACCCACAUUCGAAGUAUACUGCGCGAAGCAAGAUCCGGCAUUCCUUGCGGCCGAUCAAGGGUAUCUCAAACAGUACGAGCAAGUGAUUCGGCUGUAUGUUGCAUUCGCAUCCAAAGAAUACCGUAUCCAAGGGAAGGCCAAGAGUGUUCCUCUAGCGGUACGAUUCCGAAGGAUCGGUUUGGAAGCCAUCAAAAGUUUGACCAUGUCGGAGUCUCUGAGUGCUGAGACCGAAAGGCAGCUCGCGCUGGUCAUCCCGGUCAUUCUCGAGGCCGUCUACAGCUCCCGCGGGUCUGAUCUGCUUGCAAUUGAGCAAAACGAGCAUGAACGGGAAGAAUGUGAGAAAGAGCAAGCGUUUCGCCGGAGGCAGAGCGUCUCGACCGUACAGACAUCCGAGAUAUCCGAGCACGAUCCAGUCGCGAGAACUACCGAGGAAUCCGACAAGUUUGCCGAGCAGUCGGUCUUGAUAGCUGCGUUACAAGCGCUUCGUCAAGUUUUCAGCGUCAACAAUCGCUCUCAAGUUCGACAGGCGACGACCAUCGUGCUUCAAUUCGUAACGGAAUGCAUCUCGUUAGAGGGGCAUUUUCCCACCUCGGAGUCGUUUGCGGUGUACGCGGGCAGUUGGCCCACGAUUCUCUUCCAGAUGAUGUGCCAGUGGACUCCGGUGCAGGACCGAUUCCUCAUCAUUGUCACUGCGGUGGAGACGUUGAUCCGAUGCCCCAUCGAGGAGAAGAAAAUGGAGAGACAAUGUCUGUUGAGCAUCAUCAUUGCUUGCCUCCUCGGCUCAAACACCAACUUCAUCGGGUUGAGUGUUAUGGAUGUUCUCGUCGGACUCAUCCAGCACUCCCUCCUUGUGUUGCAACAGGGUGGUAACGACUCCAUACGUACACGCCUAUUGAACCAGCUCCAGACCUGCAUCAGUAACCUUGCCACCCAUGUUUAUUACAGCGAUCAAAUCUCCGAUAUGACUCGUGCAAUCCUAGCAAGACUCAAACCAUCGUCCGAUCCGAUUGCAACUGUCGCUGCGAUUGAAGACCCCGAGAUGGCUGCCAACGGGAUUGUAAGUGCCGGAAGCUUGGUGGAAAAACCGAGCACCGACGGAUUCUUCUCGUUCGAGACUGCAAGGGAACUUGCCCUGAACUCGAUAAGGAAUAUUCUUGAGGUCGCAAACCAGAGAGCUCUUGAGACGCAGUCCAAAGCGAAUCGAUCGCCAGUAGACAUCUCUGUUUGGGAAGGGACCCAGUGGCUCCUUCGGGACCCUCAUUGGGAGGUUCGGAAAGCUUACGUGGACGCCUUUCUCACCUGGGCGAACCUCGAACUGAAGAAAGAUGAUCUUAAAGUUCUCGAAGAGAGUCCUCGGCCGAAGAAGGAUGCAAAAGACAAUAUCAAUCACCGGCAGAGCAGCCUUGCCAAAAGAGCCGUGUCGAAUGCAUCGCAGAGAGAACGCUGUCACACAACGAAAUCGCCCUUUUUACAGCGGCUACACUUGGCCGUCUACGAGAAUGCUCACCAGUAUGCGCAGUCCGAAUCGGACAUACUUCUUCUUCAUCUCCUCCUGGCGACACUCGUUCGGACCCUUGGGGUAAACAGUACCCAGUGCGGUCUUCCGAUGAUAGUACGGCUUCAGGAGGACAUUCAAGAUUUUGACGAUCCUACUUCCAAGGUUCACAUUGGCGCGUUGGUGCACGGGUAUUUCUGGGCACUGAGCGUACAAUUCGACUUCGAUGCGUCGUCUACCGGCCGGGAAAUUCACAAUGAAAUAUCUCGACGUAUGAAGGUGGGACUUUGGCUAUAUGGGCUCACGAUUCCUCCUCGGCCACUUUCCAGUUUGCCAUCACCAGAGGGAACGGAGAAGUUGUCGGCGGACAUAGUGGAAGAAGAGGCAUUAAAACCCUUCGACAAUCGUCAAGGCGUUGUUGAUCGCAUCGCCGAUGCUUACUCAAUUGCGGUCAACUCCCCACCGUCAAGCCCUCCUCGUUCACCAAAUCGCUCCUUCUCGACCCCUUUUGUCCAGGUCACUUCUCCUUCCGUCCCGUCCAUUUCACGAUCACCUCAUGCCCUUCCAAACAAAUGCCGAGAGCAAAUGCUGUCUGACUGGUCAAAAGAAGCAUGCAUGGAGGCGGCUUCCAGCCGAUCCGACUCAUUCACAGGUUCUGGUUUUGGUACAGCCUCGACACGACGACACUUGCUUGCUGUUCAUGCGCAGAAUGGCGUCGACUCGGUCUCCCCGCCAAAUCCCGAGACUGCAGGCCAUUCUCCACAGCGGGCCGCAUUUCAUUAUCCUUCAUAUCGCUCUCGUCCAGCUUCCAGUGGAGUUGGACUAGGCAGUAGAGGCCCUGGGUGCCAUGUUGGACGAGCUAGCCGAGCGACCAGCAACACCGGCACCCCAGUCAGCGCUUCCUCUCGCCGUAGUACGGUACGUGUCGAAGACUUGAAACGGGUACUUUCCAGC